UCGGACGUUUAUCAUAAUAAAUUUCACCUUAAUUCGAGCGGAAAGAAUCAAAUGUGGAACCAAGUAAAUGCAAACCGCAGUAGAUAUCCAUCGUUCGGUGUGCACAGUGUAUGCAUAACCAACAGGGAAGAAUGUUUACCCUUUUAUCUAGAGAAGCGUGUUCAUUGGUAAAACUAUUGGGGUUUAAGGAGGCGUGUCGCUGGUAAGUGAGCAAAGUUCACAUAAACAUAAAAAAGAACAAUGAUACAUGCAGUUUAUUUCAACACAUCAUUAAAACGCAUUUAAUUCGGGAGUGUUCUUUAUCUGACUGACGUCGGUGUUUGAACAGACCCGCACGUCGAGAAUACACGCCCAGGUGAGGAUGAGCACCAAUCGGAGCACACCUGAGCCGGAUAUAAAUCAUUCCCAUACCACGUGACCCAAUCUUAUUCAAUACCUUGUCACCUUAGAUUGGAUGACGAAUGUUUACCUUUGCAGGUAUAAGAACAGGCUGCAUUCACCAGUUACGGUGGUAUCUUUGGAACGCUGUGGAAAUGAUGGUCGUUAAUACAUGCCUCGCGACACUAUUGUCAAUAGUGCUGGUUGUUCAAGGCAAAUCCAUCGGAUCAAAACUGCGACCUCUGGAAGAAAUUCAAGAAAUACUAUCUCGAGAGAAACGGGAUUUAAGCAUAUUUGAGAGAAGUGACCGAGUGUAUGUCUACAUGCGGCAAGUCCUUCCUUUGAUCCAACUGUACGUCGGACGCGGCGGCCCCGUCAUCGACAUCCGCCAUUUUGAGAACUACGACAGAACCAUCAACAUUAGUAACGUCUUCUACGUCAAGCCAACUCACGUGAGGCACGUGCAGAAUGUGGUCCGAGCUGCUCAUUGGCUGGGACUACGUGUCCGCGCCGUGGGGUACUUCCAGAGUCGCGCGCCGCUCUACGUGGAUGAGGGUCACGUGAUGUUAGACAUAACGGGUCUGGAACGUCAUGACGGCCCGAAACUGCAGAUAAACGAACCGACUGCCUCGCGCGCCUACCACACCGUGACGUCAAUGAGCGGCGUGGUCACCUCUGACCUGAACGCCUUCCUGGUGCGACACCGGCUUACCUUCCUCUCUCAGCCCAUUACGGUGAACGGCACAGUCGGAGGCAUGGUGGCUGCGUCCUCACACGGUUCAAGCUGGGAUGGACCAACCAUGAGCGGCUACGUUAUUGAGAUGAGAAUAAUCGACUCUCGGUCCAAGCUCCGGACGUUCACAAUGGAAGACGAUGGUGACGUCAUGAAGGCGCUCAUGUGUAAUCUCGGCGUUUUCGGCAUCAUGUAUGACGUCACCCUGAAGGUAUUUCCAAUGAAAAUAGCCAAAGUUGAAAAUCAGUUCCUGACAAUAGAGGACCUCUUUUAUAACGCGGAGGCACUAAAAGCCGUUGUCACGUCCAAGUUCCUCACAGAACCCGCCUGGUAUCCAUUCAGCGGAAUCACAGACAGCGAGGCGGAGGAAUACUCUCGGACCGGAACUAUACCCAGCAGCUGGAGCGCCAGGAAAGACGUCAUGUGGUUGAGGACAAUCGAGCUGGUGGAGGAUGUAGACCCGUCCCUCAUCCAGGGCCCGGUGUUCCUGCCUACCAAGGGGGCGUUGUCGGGAGGAAACGUCACCAGUCUACUGCGGGGCAGGGCAGGAGUGGCUAUCCCACGUUCUCUGCCACGGGUCAGUUACCACUACCUCAUCGACGCCUUCGCCACCAUCCUGCCCCCCAAACACGGCCGGGAGACGAGUGCGGCCUUCAUGAUGAAUAUAGACAAGGACUUCGACAGGCCGACCAGGGCUGUGCAGUUCAUCAUUGAGGAGUCAGAACGGCAGAUUCGGCUCAACGGCACCACCCCUGUCAACGCCCUCCUUCCCCGAUUCGUCCUCAACGCCGACUGUCUCCUCUGCCCCGCAAACACCGCCUUCAACGUCGCCGGAGACACCGGCAGGUCCUUCGUAAUCGACUUCCUAGCGCCUCCAUGGCAACCCGGCUUCUACGACAUCACCAUUAAGUUCAUGGCAGCGUUCGAGAAGGAGGAUAUCCGCCCCCACUGGCCCAAGCGUUACGACAAUAUUCCAGGAAUCAUACCCCACAUUCGCCGUGUGUACGGAGACAACAUCCGGGCCUUCAUGGCUGCACGUGUCAAGGCGGACGUGGACCCGUGCGACAUGUUCAUGAAUUCCUAUUUAUCUGAAAUUCUAGGUCACACCCAAAAAGUUCUGCUGAUGGCUAUUGUGGUCAUUAAUAUCAUUGAUUUAUUUACACACCAUGAUUCCAUUGUAAACUAUACCAGUAGUUGUACCACAAAUAGAACAUUGGAUUACCUGUACAUUACCUGUACAUUACCUGGACAUUACCUGUACAUUACCUGCACAUUACCUGGACAUUACCUGUACAUUACCUGCUGCAACAUGAUGGCCAACUAUGUUGCAGAGAAGAAGAUGAAAAUAUGUUUUGCCAAGAGACAAUCCCUCAUGACAGCUUUUGUGGAGUUGUAA